UAAUUCGGAACAAUGACAAUUUUUCAUAUUCUCAACAGAGUUAGGAGCUGAGAGGUGCUCUUUAAGAACUUAUACUUUUGCAUAUAAGUUUGGCACCCCAAUCAAUUAUAUCUUUAUUUCAUCAAAGUUGUGGAAGAGAUCUCAUCUUUCCUAGCUCACCACAGGAGAAAGUGUGUCACUAACAUCAUCCUAUAUUUCAGUAUGCCUUCCAAUUCCCAGUCCCUGCCACUGGUCAAAAGAGAUGACCAAAAUGUGUCCAAGGAUUCAAUGGUUUCAUCUCCUUCCAACCUCAGCAGCUGGAAACCAAAAAAUUACUUGGAUCGCUCACUUGCUCGCGUAUAUACUCUACAGUCUAGUAGGGUAACUUUGGAUGCUUCCAGCCCUUCCCAGCACCAUGUCUUCACUGCUAGAAAUGAUAGCAAUGUAAGCCCUCACAACUCAACUCAGACUCGUGGAGCUGUGCUGGUCUCUGCAUCCAAAUCAAAGAGCUCAUCUCCUUCUAUUGGUUCUAAUGAUGGCUUUUGGGUUCAGUCAUCAAUGAGCAAGUCAUCACAGUCCCCAUCAACAUCACAUAAUAAAUAUGAAUUAGAAGACACUUCUCUAUUUACUAAUUCAAAACCUAUCAAAACGUAUAGCAAAGCAAGCCAUAAACUUUCUCCUCAAAAGAGCAUGUCAAGUUUUGAUAGAGCAGCUCUCAAUGCUGUCAAAAAUUCCGACUCUUUAAAUAAUCCAAUAGCUCAGUUGGCUAUGAAUUCAAGUGUGACAGUUACCACUAUACCUGCACCCUUGAAUAAUGCUUCUUAUUCAUUGCCAAAGCUUCCCAAUAAACCAAGAACCUCUAGCGCCUCCUCACCAAGAAAUAGUCCUGUUGCCAGUGGAAGUUACACCUCACGAAAAUCUUUAACGUCAACACCACAUUCAGGACAGUCUUCUCGUAAGCUGAGUGCAGCCGGUUCAAGUCGCAAGCUUAGAUUUGAAAACUGCAAUGAUGGUGGAAAAGUGACUGAUGAAAAUAAUGAGGAUUCUGAUUCAGACAUAUUCACCGUUGCCCCAGUGAAAAUAAGGAAACUUAACCGUACUCCUCUCAAGCCCAUGCAAAAAUCGUCAUUACUGAAUGGUAUUUCUCCAAACAAGAUUGAGAAAGCCUAUGGAUCGAUUGCUUCUGUCAAUCCUGAAAAGGAGAAUGUUCCUUAUGUAAAGACAGAAGAAACUAUUAUGCCAGCGCAUUUACUAGGAUUUCCAAACCUGGGCAACACAUGCUAUCUGAAUGCAGUGCUCCAAAGUUUAGUCUCGAUGCGUGUAUUUCGCUUGGACGUGAGCAGUUUUGUUCAGCGUUUGCCUCCACCUGCUGACUCACUUCUGCAUGGCCUUGCUUGCCUUCUUGACUCAAGGAGAACUGGCCAGCCUAGUAGUCUAAGACGACCUCUCAGAUUGAUCAAAGAAAAUUUCGAAAAAUGUGACAGUUCAUUCAUCGGUUGGAAAAUGCAAGACGCCAAUGAGUUCCUCACCAAAGUUUUGGACACCAUUAAAGAUGAGGUUGACAAGUUACUGACUGAAGAGAUAGAAAAAGCACAGCCACAAACACCGUUAACGAAGCACUCCCUGCCCUUCAGUCCCAUCAAGUCAAAUGCACCUCUUCUUCUGAACAAUUCGGUGGUCAUUCGCAGCUUGUCUCCAGGAGAGGCUGCUGCUGCUUACAAGACCAACGUCUCAAAACGAGGACUUAAGCGAUCACUUUCCUCAGAAAAUCUCACUCUCGUAAAUAACGCCAAAUGCGUGUCGAAUGAUAAUUUAAGAUUGGUAGUCAGUGAUAGUGAAGAGUCGUCGGAUCUGGAUGGUACUCCCCCUCGCCUGAAAAACCCUAAAAAUAUUUCUGACCAGAAUGUAUCAUCUGAUGAUAUUGAAUGCAUUGAUGAUCAAAAAUUUCCGAUGUUAGCAAAUAAGAAGGUCAAAUAUGAUAGAGUUUUAAAGUCCAAUAAAGAGAAGACUCCAAGUUAUGAACGCAACUCUCACACAAACUUCAUAUCGAAGCCUGUGGGCCUCAAAAAAUCCAAUGGAGUCAUCACUACUGAGGAGAAAUCAAAAGAAGAAAAUAAGUCAUCAAACCCUAUUACGGCAAAUUUUGGCUUUCAUCUUCAAGAAGUCUACAAAUGCCUUGGAUGCAGUGCUAAUGUGCAGCGUUCACAAGAGUACUUCAGCCUUUAUGUGCACCUGUCCUCGAGUGGCUGUGAGGAAGAUGACAGUCAGCCAAGCAGCAUCAGAGCUGCGGUGGCUGCGUACAUGCAGCAGGAGCAGCGUGAGCUCAAAUGUGAGCACUGCGCCCACCCCACUGCCCUCGUCACCACCUCCUUCACUAAGAUGCCUCGAAUUUUGAUAAUUCAAAUGAAGCGGUACACGUAUGACGCAGCCGAGUUCUCAAGUUUGAAGGUGUGUACGAGCAUUGAGGUUAACAAGAGGCUGGACCUGUCUGCUUACACAGGCAGCGGCGUGAGCCGUUACCCCGAAAUCUCAGUUCACUUGUCUUCGGCUCCUCCCACGCCUGUCAAAGCUCCCCUGACCACUGCGCACAGCCGCGUGUUUGGCGGCGCUCGCGCUGAAGUUCUGUUGAGCAGCGGCGAGCCGAGCACCGCUGAAGUGUUCGGCUGCGGCACUUCAGAUGCGGCGGAAUGCGCUACGGUUUCGUCUUCAGAUGAAGUCAACCAGGAUGCAACUGAGACAACACCUCUUACGGAGGAUGAGCAAAUUCAGGAGGCGCUGAGACGAAGUUUGGAAGAGGCUGAGGCAGAGCCUGGUGGAAGCAUUACAGCUUCUGUCGAUAAUGUGGAAGAUGAAGAAGACGACUUGCAGAAAGCCAUACGUCUUUCGCUGCAAGAAGCGCAGGAGCGGGAGAGAAUCACAGCCGAGGCAGAGGCAGCUGCACUGGCUGCAGUUGCGGCGGCGACAGAACAAGAACUUGGGCGCGAAGUGCCUGACGAAGCUGAUGAAUGCGAGGGCCCCCACAGCUACUGCCUCGCUAGCAUCGUCAGCCACUACGGCAGGAACACAACUGCAGGUCAUUACGUGAGCGACGUACUCAAUGAGGAGAGCAACACCUGGCUGCACUAUGACGACGAGACCGUCACAGAGUUGCCCCUCAGUUCAGUUCUUGGUCCUUCCCGUCAGCGCAAUGGCUAUAUAUUUUUCUACGUACACAAAGACCUGCUUCGGGCCCCUACGUUGCAGUCAGGAUCGUGAUAACGUUCUACAUUUUGUGUGACGUGGACGAAUCGCGUAAAAUGUAAUGCAUGUUGGUAAACAUGUCAGAUAUUGUUAUAAACGUGCUUGGCAGAUUUCUUAUUCAGGAUGAAUUGUACUGCUUCUACUGUGCGAUAAGCAAUCAAAGUACAAUUGUUUUGUGAAAUCAAUGGGAGCAAAUAUUGUAUAUUUUAUUUCCUGUGUGAGCGGAGGAGUUAAACAUGUAGUAACACUUAUGUUUUGUAGAUAAAUAUAGAAAGCAGCGCGAACAUGCCUUGAUGUGGCAUGAAGGCGAACAUGCCUUGAUGUGGCAUGAAGGCGAACAUGCCUUGAUGUGGCAUGAAGUAUUCAUUUUAUAAACAAUGGCUUGAUUUUGAUGGCAGAUAUGUCACCAUUAGAGUAAAAAAAAAAACGAAAUACGCAAUACUUAUCAAGAUGAAUCCUGGAAUAGGAAGUGGACUAUCAAAUAAUUAGCAUGUGUCAGUGGCAGAGCCGUCCAUAGCAGAUGUUUGAUUACUCACAUCACGUAAGUGAACGAGUGAUCUUUCUCACCAUUAAUAUUUUAGCACUUCAUUUCCGCUCUGUAACCUGUCGCACGCUGGUCUGUAUCUUCAACGUUAUCAAUAGAAAUCAGAGAUCUG